AUGUCUCUCGCAGCACUAUUGAGACUGUCUGUCUGCUUGUUCGGCACCUUCUACCCUGCGUUUGGAACGUCUCUCGAAUCGAGUAUCGUUGUGCGAGCUCCAGACGGAAGACCAAACUCAUAUGUUAUUCGUGACAUCUCUCAUGAGCUCCACAAAGCUGCUCGGGCCGAGCCAAAUCGUGUUUGGAAGAACAGCACAACAUUCGACACCAAUGGGACAAAGCAUGGCGAUGCUCAGAAAGUAUUCACAAGAGACAAUGCCAAGGCACCUAAUGGUACAUGGAAAAUCCCAUCUGGCCUCGAGAUCGUCUGCCGCACGUGCUAUCUCAAGGGCAUCGCUACGGGCGAACUUACCCUGUCCCAGGACUUCAACAUUACCCAGACAAUUGACGAUCUUGAGUCUACAGUCUCCGGAGUGGUUCAGAAUAUCACGACGGAAGUUGGAGAGGUGAUUGGAGGCUUCAUUGAUUCGGCUGGAGAAGAACUCAAGGAGCUCAUUCUCGAAGGUGAUUUCAAUUUCGACGAUUUCAAGUCCCCGACGUGGAACUAUACCUUCGACAUGGACGACUUGCCGCCAAUUCCGGACGCGAAGUUACGCUUCACCUUCGACGAAUUGGAGUUAUACAUGCUCAUUGACACGACACUGUCUCUCGGGGCGACAUACACCCUUCCCUUGUACAAGUCAAAGACUCCUCUUGGUGUACACAUCACGAAGGACCUAGAGCUCGGCAUUAUCUUUGAUGUGGAGCUCAUCCUCUCCGCCGAGGCGGCGAUCAUCAUUGGCAGUGGCUUCCAUUUGAAGAUCGACGACGGCUUCGCCAUCGACAUCGUAUUGUUUGGAAAAGACCCCUCGAAUUUGGAGUUUAACGGAGGACAAUUCGAAUUACUCCCAGUCACCAUCGAGGCGGGGGGUGUUCUGUUCACCGCUGUGCUCCGCGUUGGUGUUCAUACCGGGAUGAAACUAGCUACACCAGAGCUGCCCUCCUGGAGUAUCGCCAAUCGCACUUUAGGGGGCUCUGUCGGAGGCGGCAUCGAAGUUGGUGUGUUCGCGAACAUUGCUGAGAUGACGACAAAUAUCACGUAUGUACCCGACGACGAGGAAUGCGCCUUUGGUGUCGUUCAAUCGUACAAACUUGCCCUUGGGGCAAACGCCGGUGCUACUAUCCACGUAGGAACGGAACGAUGGGGUCCAGAACUCAAGACCUCCAAGGCAAUCUACACCACAAAGCUUGCAUCAGCUUGUGCCAUCUCUGGUACCCCAGCCGUUACAUCUGCAAUACCUACAGCCACGGAUGCUGCCAUCCUUCGGAGACAAGGUCUUUCUGAACUGGAGCUUGUGCAUGAGACGACAUACACUGCAGUCAGCUGUGUCUCGACUGGUCUUGUCAACUGCCCCGCCUCGCUACAAACCACUUCGACUUCUUCAACGACAAUCACUUUAACUACGGCUGUUGCCUCCGGUGUCGACAAGAAGGCACUGUCUAGCUCCAUCUGGCCGGGAAUCGAUGCUCGUCAGGUUGCAGCUGCCAUAACCACUGUAGCAUUCGGCACGAAUGCUGUGAAGUUGCCGACUACAUCGGGCAGCCCCGUUCCUUACGUUGCGAGCGCGACCGGAACCGUAGAUGGCAUAAGAGACGAUAUAGAGGAUGCGAUCAAAGGCUUGCCCAAGGCUACCAUUAUUGGUGUGUUUGGUCAGAAGAAGACGUACUGGGAUCACGAUCAAGACUUAGUGUUUCUGCCAGAUUCAGUGCAGCGAGGUUAA